AUGUUGGCGGAUGAAGGUGCACCGGCAGUAAGAGAGCAGUUUGUUGUGACCACGACGCUGACACCUUACGACGUAGCAGUGCUAGCGUUGAUCCAACUUCAUUUAUCGCAGGAGCUCAAAGUACCCCUCAGAUGCAUCCUGGUGUUGGUUUCUGGUACUCUGACACCACAGAGGUUUAAGGGCAUGUUUGAUAAACAGAUUUUGUACGAGCCUGGGCAAGAGCCUCUUUUACCCGUAUUGAGCAGUGUGGUUCGAUGCCUCAUGGAGCACGGUCCCACUGAUAAAGACACCGCGGUUUUGAAGUUGCUCAAGACAUUGAAGCAAAUACAGCUGUUUGAGCACAUUGUACUGCUAAUACGACAUUUGAAAGGGUUGAAUAUUACUAGGGGAAGCUAUUUGGGUCAGUAUAUUGAUAACUGCUCCACUGUAACUUCCGUCAGUACUUUCGACGAUAGGAAUGCGUUGAUGGAUAACUUGAAGCACUUUUACCAAAAUUUCAUAGACUGCGCGGAUGACAUAUUACUGGGCAAGUUAAGCCAAUUUCAAUGUUCGAUCCCCAUAUGGAACAAUGAUCAAGUCCAUGACAACUUGGGGGAAGAUAAAGAAAUGAUCGACAUUUUCAAAGGUCUGACACAGGGGUUAAAGAAGGAUCUAAACUCGGCUGGUACGAUAAUGGUGUCACAGGACCAUUUACAGAACAUAUUGAACGCAGAACUGCAAAGGUUGAUUGAAGAUGAGGCACCGAACCCUUUUGAAACAGAACGGUUAAAUAAGCUGAUCGACAAUCUUUCGCUACAGGAUUUGGCCGUAUUCCCCACUGUGCAUAUGUUGAACUAUCUCCAUUUUGUACAAGAGCACCGCUACCAGGACGCACUUGAUUCACUACACAGUUAUUAUGAUUACAUGCUGGCUAAAAACUCACAGGCAGAUUUCCAUAUAUCGUUAUUGAGUCUUGGUCUGUUUCACCUGAAGUUUAAUGAUAAGGAGGCACCCGUUUCCGCUUUUCUUGAAGCGUUUAAGAUUGCUCGUGAUAACAGAGAUGUUAAGACUUUGAACCUGAUACACUUGGCGAUACUAAAAUACAUAGAGGAGCAUCCCCGAGAAUCUGUGUCGCUACAGGACAAAGUGAAUAAAGUCAUUGGGAAUCUGAAAAAACAUUCGGGCAAUAACAGUGUUCUCAUAUUUGAAGGUGCUUAUCAGGCAGAAACGUUGAUCGCACUGGGGGAAAACAGUGAUGUGGUCCAUAUUCUUGAAUGUGCAUUCCAGUUCUUGACCAUUGCCUUGCAACAGGAUCAAAGCAAGCGUUGGUCUCGUGAAUCGUUUGCGUUUUGUUGCAAAAUGUGGGAUGUAAUAGGAUACCAGUCCGUCACCAAAGUGUAUCGCCAAUUCUACGAUGAAGACCCCCUAGAUUUACAGAUCGACAACGCGUUGAAAACAAGAGACCUAGGGGAAAUGAAACUGUUGUUGCCCAUAUUGGAACUCCCGACACUGAAAUAUGAGCAGCAGAUGAAAUUGCAAUUGGUAGAAAUACGAUAUAUCUUGGAAACUGGAAGUUUGAGUCAAGCAAUGGAGAAAGUAUGUGAAUACAUCGAUGAGUGCACCAGCCCUGUGAGAGAUAACAGAUGGAUCUUUGAAUUUGAAGUCGCAGAGUGCGAAGUACUCAUCAAGGGAGGCGUAGGAUCCCGAUCUCUGCCUCUCCUGGCCAAGAUGAUCGAAAGAAGUAGAAUAAAUGGGAAUCCAUUGCAAAGUUCACGGUGUUUGGUGCUUCUCAGUGAGGUUCUUUUCCAACUGGGGAAGUUCGAAGAAACUUUCAGUCUGUUAAGGAAGAACCUAAACAGUCUCUUACAGUUUGAAGAAGUUAAACUCAAAGCAGCAAAACUCUUCGCAGAAGUGCAUGAAAAGUUGAUAGGUUCAUAA